CUACUGCCGUCUCGCGCUAGUUCCCGCCCCGCGCCGCGAUUGACAGCGGUGCCGCCCAAUAGAAAAGAAAAAGAAAAAGAACAGGACAGCUCAGCUAUCCAGUCGGAAGCGGAAGAAGGCGGGGCUUAACUCCCUCUGUCAGCGCGACGCCGAAGAGCUCCGCCCUCACUCUCGAUUGGCAGCCGCGCCGGCAAAUCAGCUGUCGAGAGAGCCGAGUCCCCGGGCGCGCCGUGCGCCCAGCGCCGCGCGGCCCCGCCCGGACGUCUCGCGGGGGCCUCCUGCGGCACGCGGGGACGCGCACGCGGCACUGACAGCCGGCGGCCCGGCCGCGGGGCGGGGGGCGGGGGGCGGGGGGGGCUGGACCAAUCAGAGCCCGCGGCAGGAGGCGGCCCGGCCAAUGAGGGGCUGCGCGCUCCGGGGGUGCCGCCGCCGGCCCCGGGGCCGCUCCUCGGCAGCGCCGCGGUUUCGUUAGGCCCGAGUGGAGCGGCCCCGGGUCGCCCGCGAGGAGAGCCCGAGCGAGCACCGCGGCUGCGAGUGUUUCCCGCGCGGCUCGGCAGCCGGGCUGCGGCGUGCUCUGCAGCAGGGGAGUGGCUGCUGCCUCCGGCCUCGGCUGCGGGAGGCGCCGUGCGGCUCUGACAUUCCAACAGCGCCUCCCCGUGCCGCAGGAUGGUGCCUGACAGAGCUGCUGCUAGGCCGGGGGCUGGGCCUGGUGACCUUGGAGGUCUCCUCCAACCUCGGUGCCCCUGUGAACCCCUCGCUCCUUUGUUGGUUGUUUGUUUUUAUGGUUGUGUUGUUUGUUCCCCCCCCAGUCUUCACUUUUACAUAGUUUCUGCUAUCUUGAGUUAGGCCUCUUCCUGGGGGAGUUUUCCCCUUUCCCACCUGCCGUUACAAACUGUCUGUGCCUUUUUUCUGCUGUGCCAAGUUUCCAUACUUGUUCCUCGAUGGGGCUUCUGGCACAGCACUCAGUUUGACACGGCCUCUACGUAGGAAGUCAGAGCCAUCACCUCAGGAUGUUGGUCUGCGCUACCUGAACAAAGAAGGGUUCCGUUUCCCAGAAGCAUAGUGAAUACUGAGGAGACAGUAACCAGAAGAAUUAUAGUUCAUAAUCUGAAGAAAUUCAGAUUAUGGAGCCGUUAAUUGCCUGUCCUCAACAGGGCAUAUAGCCUUAUCUAUCAAAUUACAGUGACUGUGGAUAAGAACACACAAUGCACAUAGCUAAUUUUUACCAUAUAGCCCUUCUUAUGUGCCCAAAAUGUUAACUAAUGGCUCCUGUUUGUUUGUUUGUUUGUUUAAAAAAAAAAAAAAAAAGCCUUUGCCAACCAAAGAGCUCACAACCCAUAAGGCAACAAGUACCUUGUAGCCACAAUGUGGUACUAAAAGUUGAUAAAUUUCUGGAAGCAGUUUAGAUCUGAAAGAAAGAAUUGGGAGGGUUUAAAGCCUGCAGUGCGUCUGCCUGCAACUUCCAGGCCCAGGGGUUAUCAAGGUUUACUAGAGUGUUCACUGUGGCUGCAUCCAUAGCCGUACUCUUACAAAAAUAGACCAAUAUUGCAAGUAGCACAGAAAAUGCUGUGUUACUUCUUCUUGUACAGAGAGUCUCAGUUCCCCGGCACUGGGUUGGGGUCAGUGUGUGUGAGGCUAACCAGCCCAAGAAUCACAGUCCGGAUCUCGGUGGGACCCUCCCUGAUGUUUAGAUGGAGGGGUUUGGAUCUAGGACGACUAGAUUGCUAGUGCACAAUGCCUUCAAAUUACCGCAGCUUCCGAAAAAGCGUGCCGUGGCUAAUCCUUUUUCUGGAAACUGUUUUCAUCAUCCUCUUCUACUUUUUGUUCCCACAUUACAAUGACUUCAUCACAAACAUUUCCUACACAGAUUUUCAAGAUGUCAACAUCAUGGUGAUUUUUGGAUUUGGCUUUUUCCUGGCAUUUCUGAAAAGAUACAGCUUUAGCAGCACAGGAUUCAACCUCCUCAUUAUCGUACUUGGUGUCCAGUGCUCCAUUCUGAUGGAAGGUUUAUUAUUUCCCAAAGAAACAAAGGAACGUGAUCCUAAAAUCAUAACAAUGGCUGCUGUGAGUAUGACUGCUGUGGCCAUCUCCAGUGGAGCAGUUCUUGGGAAAACGAACCCUUUACAAUUAAUUGUGAUGACAGUUGUAGAGAUAAUAAUUUUCCAUGUGAGCAGAUGGAUCAACAAGCAAUUCCUGCAGAUUCAAGACAAUAUCAGCAUGAAGCACGUUCACCUGUUUGGAGCCUACUUUGGUCUGGCAGUCUCUUCACGUUUCUCUGAGCCAUCACCGAGGUCUGAGAAGAAUGCAAGUACCCCGAAGUCGGAUUUAUUGUCAAUGUUGGGUACUCUCUUUCUUUGGGUAUUCUGGCCAAGCUUCAAUUCUGUACUAGCUGAUAGAGACAAGACCAAAGCCAUCUACAAUACCUACUUUGCACUUGCAGUGAGUGCUGUAACUGCCUUCACGUUGUCUGUUCUGACCACAAAGGAUGGAAAAUUCAGAAUGACUCAUGUCCACAGUGCAGCACUAGCGGGUGGGGUUACUGUUUGUUACACAGCAGAAAGUAUUGACUAUCCCUGGAUUGCGAUGAUUUUGGGUCUGCUUGCCAGUGUGAUAACCAUAUUAGGAUCUUUCUGUUUACAGAGAUGCUUGAAUCCUGCGCUCAAGAUUCAUGAUGCAUCUGGAGUUCAUUUCACUUUUGGCUUGCCUGGUUUACUUGGAGCUGUUGCCCAGGUUGUUCUCUCAGUAAUAAAAAAAUGGACUGUUUCACCAAGCCUGGGUUAUAUGGUCAUGAUUUACAUCAGUGAUUUCUGCCUGACCAUCAGUGUUGCCUUGAUAACAGGUUUUAUUACAGGUUUAAUCUUAAACUUCAAACUGUUGAAGAUCAUCCCUGUAUCACAGUAUUUUGAAGACCAGUUUUAUUGGGAGUUUCCCCAUUUGGCCGUUGGAUUUUGAAUGGAUGAACCCACAUGAAAGAUCAACCAAGAAAAGGUCACUUGAUAAAAUGAGUAACUAUGAUGGGAUGAAAGAGCACUUAAUUAUCAAUUCUCAUACUCAAAAAACCCUUCCCACACAAGUUUGGUAACAAACUUUUCUAGUUAUUCUUGAAAGACCAGGCUGUAAAUUUACAGAUGUAAAAGUUAUUAUGCAUUUAGCUUUUCUGCUUUAAUGGUCUUGCCUUAAAUAGUUCAUAGAACAUGUACAAAAAAGUUCACCGCAUUCAUCGCUGUAACGGCUUAUCAGUGGAAAUGCUUAGAAAUUUUUAGAAAGCUAUUUUUAACUCCCCACUUUAAAAGCCAAAAUAUGUGUUUUAAUAUUAUGUGUACAGGGAGUACACUUACUCUGAUGUAGUGAAGCGUUAAAGUGCUUGUUUUUAAGCUAAAUUUUGUUAGAGGUCUUGUAAAGUGGGGAUUUAAUGACUGAGCUGGAUCUGGGCCAGAACUCUGCAUCUUGCCAGACUGAACUCUUGAGUUAUCUGACUGCCUGAAGAAAAAUCUACACUUGGGUGGCUCAGGCUAGGCUCUCUGGAUGUUCAAACGGCAAGAAAUUAAAUUGUUCUGCUUGUGGAUGGUGUCACUGAAAUUAACAGCAUUGUUACUCAUUACUUCAGGAACAAGCCUUAGAACACUAUUCUUGAGCAGUGACAGUCUGCACAUGGCCAGCUAUCCAAAAGGCUCCGGGUGCUGUAAAGGCAUGAAUGUCAGUCAGAGAAGGAGGGAACAGUCCUUUCUUGGGUAUUCCCCUUUGUUUUGAUAGGGCUGGUUAUACAAUAAAUUUAACCAGACUGGGCUUAAUUUUGCACAACAAGCUUCAUGAUACCAAUGCUAAAACCCAAAUUCUAAAGUGUCUCACGCUGAAUUUUGAUGUUUUCUUUUUUCAUAUUUUAACGAAGUUGUUUGGUUUUUAAACAUUUUAAGAAACAUUGUAUAGAGCUUCUACACUGUAGAUACAAGAAUAGGUAAUAGCACUUUUUUUUUUUAAUUUUUUGUACUGGGUGGAUGAUCAACUUGGAAAAUUAAAAGAUUUUAAAAUUUAUUGAUUUAAGACUGCCAGUAAUAUCUUUUAAAGGCCUUAGUUUUGAUUUGAAUGGAACACAGCACAUACCUGUUUGCAAAGGACUCCAGCUGAGACAAGCAGGGGCUUUGGUCCAUGAGCUACAGCCUCACUGUGCAGAAGAUUCUGUGUAAACAAGCCCCUUUUUUAUGGAUUACAAUCCUGUGUUUCUUCAUUAUUUCCAAAUAGUUGAUAUGCAAGUUCUUACAUAAUUAAAAAAGUCAAGCUUUGA